AUGGCGAUGGCCACGUUCGCCCUCGUCAUCGCGGGCCUCUUCGCGGCCGGGGCCUCCGCGGCGGCGCUCGCGCUGGCGUACCAGCACCUGCGGUACUACGCAGAGCCAGACUUCCAGCGCCACAUCAUACGCAUCGUGCUCAUCGUGCCCAUCUACGCGGUGACGUCCUUCAUCAACCUCUUCCUCGGAGACGCGUCCGUGUACCUCAUGACCAUCCGCGACUGCUACGAGGCGUUCAUCAUCUACGAGUUCCUCACCCUGUGCCUCGAAUACGUCGGCGGGCCGGGCGCCGUCGUCGUCAAGUGCGAGGGGCAGGUCAUCCAACCGUCCCUCCUCCACUGCACCUGCUGCGUCAGCGAGAUGCCCGUCGACGGCCGCUUCGUCCGCAGGUGCAAGCAGUACACGCUGCAGUUCGUGCUCGUCAAGCCCGUCCUCGCGGCCCUCACGCUCGUCCUGUUCGAGACGGGCCACUGGGAGGAGGGCAACUGGUCCCCAGCGAGCGGCUUCGUGUGGCUGCAGAUCGUGUACAACGUCAGCUACACGACCGCGCUGUGGGCGCUCGCGCUGUUCUACGCCGGCACGCGCGAGGUCCUCGCGCCCUUCCGCCCGCUGCUCAAGUUCGUCGUGGUCAAGUUCGUGGUCUUCAUGACCUUCUGGCAGGGCUUCCUGUUCGCCGUCAUGGUGCAGGCCGGCACGCUCAGCUCGCAGGACCAGGCCGCCGACCUGCAGGACUUCCUCGUCUGCCUCGAGAUGGCCGCCGCCGCCGUCGGGCUCUGGUACGCCUUCCCGCACCACGAGUACAAGACCGUCGCCGAGGCCGGGGAGGCGCGCUCGCUCGGACAGAACAUCGGACACGCCAUCUCCUUCCGGGACGUGGUCUCCGACACCGUGCACCAGUUCGCGCCGCAGUACCACGACUACGUGCUCUACUCCGAGGGUCAGAAGCGCUUCCACCGGACGAAGACCUUCGUCCCAGUCGGACACACUGGCGACCUGCUGUCAGGGGACCAGCCGCGGACCGGGGCGGCCGGGUCCAGCAAGGCCCGGGGCGCGGCGGCGGCGCUGAGUCCCGCGCAGCUCUACGACAUUCCGGAGGGCGGCGGGCACCCGCACGGCGGGUUCAGCGGUUUCGAGGCGGGGGCGGGGCACGUGCACGGAAUGGACGGGAUCGGCGUGGAGUGGGCGGGGCAGGGCAAGGUGUCUGGCAUUCGCGUGCACGAGACGCCGGACAGGACGGCGGCGCCGCGAGCCCGCGGGCCUGACGGGGAGGGGCCGAGCCAUUCACCGCCGCCGCCACCACGGCCGCGCGCCGAGGGGCGCGAGCAGGUGGAGGCGGAGCGCGACCUCGAGGACGGCGGCGCACACGGUGCGGGCGCGUCUGAGGGCCGCAAGGCGCCCAACGGAGAUAUAGCCCUUUCACACGAGGGCAGGCUGUGA